AUGAUCAUAAUUAGGCCUGAAUCUACAGUGAAAGUGGGAGGGGAGGCGCUCUCUGUCCUGCGUGGUGAGGUAAAGAGGAUAACAGUACAGUCUAUCUCUCACAGCUCUGACUGAGCUCAGCCCGUACGAGCUAUAUUGGGCUCUUUACGUCGCUUACUAUCGGAACUAUCGGAAUAUAUUAAAUUUGUCAUCACACUACAAAGAAGGCGUCCUUGUCCCAAAGAGGGGACCAGCUGGGGGCGCAUAGGGAGACUUUUUCCCCAUGACAUCAUUGAUGACAUUCCAGUAACAACCGGACUUAGGCACUCAACGUCGCGAAGACCCGAACCUUGAGGGAUACUUUACAAGCUAAUUUUAGGUAAGCAACGACUCUAAUAUGAUAUAAGAGAACAUUUAAAGUGGGUUCUGGGGUAAAGAAAACCAAUGUAACAGCUUCAUUUUCACCCAAGUCUCCCUAAAGACGCAUUUUUAUGUUUUUACGAGCUUUUCUCGUUCUGAAAUUAUGUUUUUUGCCUUUAUUCACUCAUUUUACAUACAUAAUCCGAGUCAUGCGUUUUCAAAGCUCGUGCACGACAGACCUCAGUACGAGCUCGCGCUGCUCUCGGGCUGCUGCAGCCUGGAUAUAUUAGAAACAGUGGGCUGCCGGGAAACAGGCACGAGCUCUGGCACAUGGCAAGUGUGUGUGUGUGUGUGUGUGUGUGUGUGUGUGAGUACAAGCAGAAAUAUUGUGGGACCAUAACAUAGUGACAUAGUGACAGGUACGAGGACCAAUUAUAUACUUUGUCACAAGACCUACUACAUAUUGGUGCCAGAGUUUGGGGGGUCAGACUAACCAUUAAAUGUAUUGUGUAUAAUAUUUGAUACAUACUAGAGCCCGACCGAUACGGAUUUUUUGGGGCCGAUGCCGAUACCGAUUAUUAGGGGGGAAAAAAUCCGAUUACCGAUUAAUCGGCCGAUUUUUACAGUAUACUAUGUACUGUAGAUUUACUAUAGACUACUGCUCCGCACGCCGACCGGAAGACCGAUUAAUCAAACUCGGACCAGAAAAACAUUUUCAACUUCCCCCUGCCGAUCGGUGCCUCCGCCUCUUCACUCACAUUACUCAUUUCCGGUCCGGUCUCAUCUGGAUACAUACAGCUGCCUCAGUAAGAGAAGUAGCUCGAUCACGUAAUUUUUACUGUUGUUUAUUCUACCGUUACUGGCACGGCUAACAGUGUAGCAAGGCUAAUAGCAGAUGGCUAACUCUAACUUUAGCUUGCAUAUUACGUGGUGCUUCACUGUUAACUCGGCGUGACCGAGACCAGAACAGCGGGGAACAUCGUGAAGUGGGUUGAACUAAAACUUGUUGACUUAUUGUGUAUUUCACAAACUGGUUUAUUUACCGUUGAGGCAGACCACUCUCCUCCUUGUGUCCCUGAGCUGCCUGCUUCAGAUCCGUCACUCUGCUGUGCUGUGAGGUAGUUAGUGGAUGAAGAUUGUCAGGAGGUCGCUGCGCCAUCUACAGGAUAGGUUGGGGAACUUUUCAAAUGGUGGAACAUUUUUGAAGUGAAACCGAAUCUUAUUCUCCACAUUUUAUUUCUGAAAAUAUCGGCAAAAAUCGGCGAGUUUUGGCCGAUUACCGAUUAGUCUCAAACAGGCUAAAAUUGUCCGAUUUAAUCGGUUCGCCGAUAAAUCGGUCGGGCCCUAAUACAUACUUUUAUAUACUACAACAAAUUACCAAAAAAACACCUGGAUACAGUUUGAUAAAUGAUAAAAAUGUCCUCUUGUAGUUUAUCAGUUUCCAAAAAAACAUCUAAUGUAUCAAACGAGAUUAAAAAAAAUAUAUUUGUUAGAUUUUAAGGACAUUUAGAUUUUUUUUGGUUUUCAGUAGUAAGUGAAACAAACAGUUCAGCUCCAAAAAAAUUAGAAUUUUGUGGUUUCAGGUAUUAAAGGUCUACAGAAAGGUCCAUGAUGUAAUCCCUUUUCUUAUAUAAUUCAGGCUGAAUGACGAAACACUCUGACACCUCGUCAAGUCAAGUAACUUUGUGUUUAUGGAAAUAAGGUGGUUUGGGAUUUCUGAGCCCUCUUUCCUGUAUUCACCCUGACUGACUCCUCACCCUGUCCUCUGGAGGUUUUUGUUAUAACAUUCCUCUAACAAACAUCAACUCAGUUCAAACUGUUUGCGCCCCCUCUCUUCCCUCACAGCACAAAUCCUCUUUAACGCCUGAUUACUUAAAAUAUUUAAGCUAUGAAAACUGAGCCAGGGAAGGCUAAUGAACUCGGGUGUAUUUGUGUGUUCGUGUGUGUAUUCACACGUGUUUGAGGCCACACAGUGUUAAAAACUUAAAGGGGAGCUUCCCCUGUGCUUUCUGAGUCAUCGUAACUGCAUGAGUAGUGUGGUGUAUCUCAGUAAACAUGAAACCUCCACGGCACACGGGACUUUGAAACUGAAUGAAUUACAUCGAGGGGGUAAGACUUGGGAGAAUACCGUAACCGGAGUGGAAAUCACCCUUAAGUCAGUGGGUUGGUAAUUCGAGUAAAAAGCACAUGAAGGCUGCUGUCUUUGCUCUCAGUGGUAAAAAAGGGUCAAAUUAAAGCCUGUAACUUCUCUUUUGCAGCUGUCUGCAGCCCUCGUCUACUGAAGCCAUGUUUUCCAAAGCCACUGCCAACUUCGUCCAGCAGAUUGACCCUGAAGGAAGCCUCAUCCACGUGUCCCGACUGAAUAACUCGCACAAACUGGUUCUCAUGGGGCUUGUUGUCAAACGAAAACGCAUCUGGUUCUGGCAGAGGCCAAAAUACCAACCAACAGAUUUCACCCUCAGUGACUUGCUGCAGGGCAACAGGAAACUGAGUCCUGGUAAGAAGAUUUUUACACACAAGAGGUUUGAGUAAAAAAUGUGUCACUAUUUCAGCUGCAUUUUUGCCAGUGACAGGUAGAUUGAAGUCACUCUAACCCAUCCUGUACUCUCAUAAUAUAUGUGUUUUCAGGGUCUGAUUCUGAGGAUGAUUUCUUGUCCUAUGAGGGGACAUUUGGGGAUAAACUCACAGGGAGGGUGGACACUGAGGCCGGCCCAGUCAACCUCUCACUAGAGGGUCAGGGCUUCUCCAAACUUGAGUCAUGUUUUGGCAAGCUGAAGAAAGAGGACCUGAAAGUGAAAGAGCUGAUAAAUGAAUCCAGAGACAGGUGAUUAUCAAUUUUAUAUUCUGUUUUUGCGCAGUUCAAACCGCCACAUGAUGGUGACUAUUAUCAGUGACACCUCAGCCAGCUGUGAUUUACUGUUCAUGUACGUAUCCAUGUUGUAAAUUAAAAACAAGCUUCUCUUUGCAUCAGGCAGGUGGACAUGCAGCAUGUGUUGGUGCAGCAGCUGGAGAAGCGAGCUGAGGUGCUGACUGUGGUGAAGCAGAGGAUCCUCACCACUGACCCUUGCUCCAUCACGCAGACCAAGAAGGAGCAGUGCAUCUUUCAGGGGAUAUUUGGGCUUGUAGGCAUGCUGGGGAGCUCUCUCCGGGUUGGUGAAGUCUUAUAACACUAAGAUAUAAUUGAGUCACAUUAUUGGGUCUAAAAUUUCAAUUAAAAGUUGCUGGACCAUUUUGAGAUGUAUGUUGUUUUCAGACGUGUUUGACAGACACUAGCAAGAUGGAGGCCGACAGUGAUGUUGUCUUGAAGAUCCGCCCAGGCACAGUCAUUGCCUACAGCGUCUUGGAGCUGGAGAUCAAGAAAGAUGGACGCUUUGGUGAGUGUGGGGGAGAUGAAAACUUGGAAUCGGAUGAGGUUAAAAUCAAUGUCUGGAGAGGAUAGCGUGAAUCACAGAGUGACUUCUCUAUUCCUUGGGGUUUUCACAGACGUCAUGUACAGUUAUGCCCAUCAAGGAAUUUUUUAUCGUAUUGCAGCAAUGCAGCUGAAAUAUUACGCAAUGAAGUAAAUUGUUUGUUAUGUACAAAAUGUGAAGCCCGUGUCUACUUUAAUGAGUGCUUGAAAAGGAGAAGUGCAAAAAACGUUAUUUAAAUGGUUUUGACCGUUAAUUCUUUUUUUUAUUACCUGAACCUGUUUCCUCCUUUGUCAUUUACCACAAUUCUGUGUGAGUUCACAGGUAUAUGCCUGCGACCUGGAACAAUCGGAGGGAUUGAGGAAGACUCACCUGCAGCAGGGGCAUCCUGUGAUUAUUUGGAUACUGUGGAUGGAAAGUGUAAUGGGCAUAAAGCUUCAGAAACAUCACAGAAUGGUUUGUGCCCAUUCAUUCUUACUUAUUGAGCACUUAUGAAUAGGAAAUAGUAGAUUUGGUAGUAUUUUACAUUCAGGUUUUUUUUUCCUUUUAACUUUGUGAGGAAGUGUAACCACUGACUUCCUCUUUCAUUGUUGUAGUAUUCUCUAGAAAGUAUCACAGCCAGGUUGAGCGGCCUCAGGAGCUUAAAUCAGAAUUAAAAAGGAUUUUAUGUACAGUAUUUAGUAACAGUAUUAAAAUGGUGCUCCUCUUAAAAUUAUGUUUUCACAUUGUUUUAUCAUUCAGCUCAAUGUUUCAGUUUCAAUUUAAAAUAUCAUCAGACCACAAGCUUUUCCAUCCUCCCAGUUUACCCCAAAACAAACACGUCAUUUGUCAAACCUUGAACUCAAACAGGGGAAAACCCAAGCCUCUGCCUCACAAAGCAUCUGUCAGGAUAUACUGAUUAUUUUAUGUUAACUCAAUGUACUUACCGUUAUUCCCUAUCAGGCUCACAUGAGAUGGACCUUUCUCCUCUGGCAAAGCUCCCAGAGUCCACUCGAUUCUCUUUGUUUAAGAGACUCCAGCAGACUCUGAAGGACAGAGGUGCUCUGUCAUACCUCCAGUGUGUGGUGAGUCUCACACUGACGUUAAUACACUGUACAGAAGAGGCUUUAACGUCACUGCUACACAUUCUCAAGGAACUAAUGUUUAUUUCCACUCUUCCCUUGUCUUCGUCAGCUGGAGGACUUGUGUGGUGGCGAAUCGCUCACUAUGGCUGAUAAUGACGAGCUGUCAGAGAGUCAGAAGCAAACACUGUCUGCCAUACUAGACAGUCACACCAAGGAUAGUCAGGGUGGUGCCCCACCUCACCUGAAUGCAACUCACCUGUUGGUCAGCGCCAUGGAAGGUAAAAAGGCCUGAAACAUUUUCCCAUAACAAUGUUGAAAACAAGAAAAGGCUUUCUGCAGCUUAAUCUGUCGUGUGUGUGUGUGUGUGUUUUUUUUUCAGAGUUGCCUGAAGAAACUCAGAGACUCUUGAGUAAGAGCUGUCCUGAUUUCUUGGAGGCCUUGAACACACUGGUAGGUGCUUAUAAAGUGAGAAAUUUCUGUUUUAAUCCUUUUCGUCUAUUACCUCUGCAGCUGGAUCCUGGUCGAGUGGUUCGAAUUGUAUGUCCAUGUAGAUUCUCAUUCAUCCAGGUCAUGGUUAUCUUGAAGACUUAAAAACAGGCAACUGGACUGUGUAGAGUUAAGAAGACGUUUCGCCUCUUAUCCAAGAAGCUUCUUCAGUUCUAAAAGUGCUAGUGUCAGGAGCAGAUAUUUAUCUUACUGGAGAAGGGGGACAGUAACGACUGGGAGGAGUUGAAAAGAAUGGGUCGUAGAAACCCAUCUCUCGGUGUGUCCCCCCCAAGUCGUUAUCCUGAAAGGGUCGUUAGCGACUCCUAUCAUGUGACCACAUGACUCAUGCCACCUGAGUCAUGUGGUUCCAGGUGUGAAUGUUUGUGGAGCUUCAGAGAGCGCCAUUACAGACAGAAACACGGAUGCGCGAUGGGCUCCCCGGUUUCUCCUAUAGUGGCAAACCUGUACAUGGAAGAGGUAGAGAGGAAGGCCCUAACCUCUUUCAAGGGAGCUGCUCCUAGCCACUGGUUCAGAUAUGUGGAUGACACCUGGGUUAAGAUCAAAACACAUGAAGUAGAGGCCUUCACUGACCAUAUCAACACAGUGGACAGCAACAUCAAGUUCACCCGUGAAGAUGUCAAGGACAAAGUGUUGGCCUUUUUGGACUGUGCUGUACACUUGGAGGCAGAUGGGUGGCUCAACGUUGAAGUGUACAGGAAACCAACACACACGGAUCAAUAUCUACUUUUUGAUUCCCACCAUCCUCUGCAGCACAAACUGGGUGUCAUCAGAACACUCAACCACCGGGCCGAGAACAUUCCCACGAAGAAAGAAGGUAAGGAAAAGGAACAAAAGCACGUCAAAAAUGCCCUGACAACCUGUGGAUACCCUAAGUGGGCCUUUGUGAAGAACAGAAAGAGAAAUAACACUGAACAGGAAAGGGAGGAGAGACGCAAGAGCACUGUAAUCCCUUACGUUGCAGGCCUGUCUGAGAAACUCAAGAGGAUCUUUGGCAAACACCACAUUCCUGUUCAUUUCAAGCCUGGUAACACACUAAGGCAGAGGCUAGUCCAUCCCAAGGACAAAACACCGAGACAUAAACAGAGUAAUGUGGUAUAUGCUGUCCAGUGCAGCGAGGAAUGCUCAGACCUGUACAUUGGGGAAACUAAACAACCGCUUCACAAGCGCAUGGCUCAACACAGGAGAGCCACUUCCUCAGGUCAGGACUCAGCUGUCCACCUUCACUUGAAGGAUACAGGUCACUCUUUUGAGGACAGCGAUGUACAGGUGUUGGCUCGAGAAGACAGAUGGUUUGAAAGAGGAGUUAAAGAAGCCAUCUUUACCAGGCUGGAGAAACCUUCUCUGAACAGAGGGGGUGGACUCAGGCACAAUCUCUCUGGCACUUACAAUGCAGUUCUCAGCUCUCUCCCCAGAAAGCUCCACAAACAUUCACACCUGGAACCACAUGACUCAGGUGGCAUGAGUCAUGUGGUCACAUGAUAGGAGUCGCUAACGACCCUUUCAGGAUAACGACUUGGGGGGGACACACCGAGAGAUGGGUUUCUACGACCCAUUCUUUUCAACUCCUCCCAGUCGUUACUGUCCCCCUUCUCCAGUAAGAUAAAUAUCUGCUCCUGACACUAGCACUUUUAGAACUGAAGAAGCUUCUUGGAUAAGAGGCGAAACGUCUUCUUAACUCUACACAGUCCAGUUGCGCUGGAUCCUGGUCGAGUGGUUCGAAUUGUAUGUUUAUUUUAGCGGUAGCAGGCCAUAGCUUCAUAUUUGAUGCAUCUACAUGGAAAAGCUCCUCUUAACAUUAAAACUAUUAAACAUAUAAUACAUACAUGAAACCCAACAACGGGUACCACCAUAUUAGAAAUGCUGACUUCAACCAGGCAAACAGCUGUGGCAAAGUGAAUGAUUUCAUGCUAUUUGUUCCUUCGUCUUAUCUAUUCAUCUGUUUAUCUCUCUCCUCUGUCAGAUGUGCGGGUUAAAAGACAACAGUGAGCCCCUCUCUUCUCAGUGUCUUCCGGUCCUCCUGCAGGACAGCCAGGCUUUCCAACAGGCUGAACAGUUGCUCAACUCCACCAAUGUGUCCCUAAGGAAGGACGGAGACAGGGUGUGGAUAGAGACAAGAAACCAAGCGGUUCUCUCAGUUGUCCUGUGCCUCAGCAUUCAGGGGUUAACCUUCCUGAGCGAAGGGCUUGAGCAGUAG